AUGACGCCUCUUCCUAUUUCUCGCUCAUUGACUGCAUCCCGGCUUCUGCGCUUUGCUUCAUUUCAUUCUAAUGUUCCGCGUUUGGCUGAGUCUAUAAGAAAGGUGGAAAAAGCACGUCAUACGUAUUUUGAUCAAGUUUCAGGAAACUCAGCUGGCUUCCGACGUGCUCGUAAGCCAUACCAGUUAGGAAAUUUCCUAUUGCUACUGUCGCUUUUUGCAUUUACAGGUGGUGUAUACGCCUACUCUAUUUGUAUGGUUGAGCAAGACGACUUUUCCGAUCUCGAAAAUUUCCGUGUUGAACCGCUUGGAGCGGGUAACGAUGCUAUGGGAACUGUGUUACCAGAGGAAAAUCAAAAUCAUACGGAUAACAAAUCAUCAAAUGUUCGUUCUGGGUUGAUUGAAAGUCUUCGAAACCGAUUGAGUUGGAGCAUGUCUUCAAAUGAUGUCUCUCCGAGGUAUCCCGCGAAGGUGGACAAUCCUACUAAUCCAGCCACAGGACCUACGAUGAACAAGAAAGACAUUUGA